GGGAGUUGAUUGAGAGUUUAAUAAUUCUGUUGAUAAUUGAGUCGUGUCUUCGAUGUUAUUGAUGUGAUUAUUAACGCAUCAUUAUUGAUUAUACGUAUCAACGAUAGAUUCAGUGGUGGAACACAUGGGACAGUCAAUGUCACUUCAGUUGACUCGUUCUCUCUUACAAAUUCACUACUGAAUUCAUUCGAAAAUGUAUAAACGUCCAGUGGAAUUGGUUGUUGAAUGAUCUAUCUUUAAACUGUAGCUGAAAUUCUACUCAGAGUUUGAAACGUGUCAAUUGUAUCGAUAAAUGUUAAUUAAUGAGCUAUCAAAGUUGCAAGAAAAAUCAUUAAAAAACUGAACAUUUACGACUAAAAUCCGUUUUUUUAUAUUGAAUGCACAGUUCAUAUGAAUCUUAUUCACCAUUCAGUUGUUUCUGGAGCUUCCUCACUAUCAUAAAUUAAAAAAAAAUUAUUCAUGCGGUAAAUGAGAAAGAACAAGUGUCAAUUCAGCCAAUUAUUUCAAUCAUUUCGAUUGUAAAUCAUGGAUUUGGGAGAUGUACCCGCAAAAGUUGAUAAUAAGCCACCGAAAUUGAAAAUAGAGAGCUUCUACAAGCCUCGAGUGCUUGAGGAUGAGGCAAGACGGGUUAUGGAGAUCGACAAGGAGAAUAUGGAGAUAAUAAAAAGCAUUAAUGUCAUUAAUCGAACCAAAGGAAAAAUAGACAACGACAAUUCGACGGCUAAAGCUAAUCACAAUGUCGUUAAUCGUGAGGCAGACAAUAUGAGAAUUUAUAAAGAAAAUCUUGAGAUGUACAAUAGAAUUAAGGAAACCGUUGCCAUGUACUCGUUUAGCGCUUUAAUGGAGGAUUGGAAGAAGAAUAAACACAUGACGGAGAAGAAUGCAAAGCAUUCCCAUUCCUCCACAAGCAAACAAAAAAAAUCAAUAUCGAGGCAGAGAAAAUCCCGAGCCCAUCCCCUGAAACUACCCCAUCUAAAAAAUUUCCAAUUUCACAAACGAGCGCGAUGUUUUUUUGAACUGAAAAUACCCAGCACAAAUGAAAAACUGGGAAAAAUAGUAAUGGAACUGUACGACGACGUGGUCCCCCAAACUUGUGAGAACUUCGUGUCACUCUGCCUCGGCCACAACGGCUUGUCCUACAGGAACACCCCCCUCCAUCGGAUAAUCAAAGGGUACAUGUGCCAGGGGGGGGACGUCACGAAAUUCAACGGUACCGGGGGAGCCUCGAUUUAUGGGGAAAAAUUCGCCGAUGAGAAUUUUGAACUAGUCCACAGUGGCCCUGGCGUCCUCUCGAUGUGCACAAAUGACGACGCGAGGGACUCCAAUGACUCGAAAUUUAAUCUGAGCUUUAGGACGCUGAGAACUCUGGACGGGAAGAAUGUCGUAUUUGGAAGGGUUGUUCGAGGAGUUGCUAAUAUCUACAAAAUCGAGGCUCUAGGAACGAAAACAGGAAAACCCAGGAAGACUGUAAUAAUAUCAAAUUGUGGAGUAUGUUGAAAUGAACAACAGGAGCCGUCAUUAUUUCCAAUGGUUGAUUCUAAUGGCUUAUCUUUACAUCGAUCAACUCCACAUCCUCAAGUAAUUAUCUAUUCACUUUCUAGAGCUCUAUAAAUUACGGGUGAAUUUUUCUCGGUUGGUUGGGGGUGGCAGACGAAAUUUGGCCAUCUCCACCUCAGCCUCGGCGAAACUGUCGACGUGAUAGCAGAAGUACUCGGGAUUUUUGUAUUCUGUAUUUUUACUUGCGUUCGGGCCGACAGCUGUGACAUAGGUAAUCAAAAAAAAUUAAAUUCAAGGAGUCAAACGUCGUUAAUCCGUUAUUAU